AUGACCUGCGGCUUGAGCUCCAUGGGCUGUGGGUUCGGCCCUAGAGCCUUCAGCUGCGCCUCAGCCUGUGGGCCCCGGCCAGGCCGCUGCUGCAUCACCUCUGCUCCCUACCGCGGCAUCUCCUGCUACAGAGGCAUCACCGGGGGCUUCGGAAGCCGCAGCGUCUGCGGGGGCUUCCGUGCUGGAUCCUGCGGCAGCAGCUUUGGAUACCGCUCCGGGGGUGUGUGUGGACCCAGCCCCCCUUGCAUCACCACCGUGUCUGUCAAUGAGAGCCUCUUGACGCCCCUCAACCUGGAGAUCGACCCCAAUGCCCAGUGCGUGAAGCAGGAGGAGAAGGAGCAGAUCAAAUGUCUCAACAGCAGGUUUGCUGCCUUCAUCGAUAAGGUUCGCUUCCUAGAGCAGCAGAACAAACUGCUGGAGACCAAGUGGCAGUUCUACCAGAACCGUGAGUGCUGCGAGAGCAACCUGGAACCCUUAUUCACCGGCUACUUCGAGACCCUCAGGCGGGAAGCCGAGUGUGUGGAGGCCGACAGUGGAAGGCUGGCCUCAGAGCUCAACCAUGUGCAGGAGGUGCUAGAAGGCUACAAGAAGAAGUAUGAAGAAGAAGUCACACUUAGGGCUACAGCAGAGAAUGAAUUUGUGGCUCUGAAAAAAGACGUGGACUGUGCCUACCUGCGCAAGUCAGACCUGGAGGCCAAUGCGGAGGCUCUGACCCAGGAGAUUGACUUCCUGAGGCGCCUGUAUGAGGAGGAGAUCCGGGUGCUCCACGCCCACAUCUCAGACACCUCAGUCAUUGUCAAGAUGGACAACAGCCGGGACCUCAACAUGGACUGCAUCAUUGCUGAGAUCAAGGCUCAGUACGACGACAUUGCCAGCCGCAGCAGGGCUGAGGCCGAGAGCUGGUACCGCACCAAGUGUGAGGAGAUGAAGGCCACAGUCAUCAGGCAUGGGGAGACCCUGCGUCGCACCAAGGAGGAGAUCAAUGAGCUGAACCGCAUGAUCCAGAGGCUCACAGCUGAAGUGGAGAAUGCCAAGUGCCAGAAUACCAAACUGGAGGCUGCAGUGACCCAGUCUGAGCAGCAGGGUGAGGCGGCCCUCAGCGAUGCCCGUUGCAAGCUGGCCGGCCUAGAGGAGGCCCUGCAGAAAGCCAAGCAGGACAUGGCCUGUCUACUCAAGGAGUACCAGGAGGUGAUGAACUCCAAGCUGGGUCUGGACAUUGAGAUUGCCACCUACCGGCGCCUGCUGGAGGGCGAGGAGCAGAGGCUCUGUGAAGGUGUUGGAUCAGUGAAUGUCUGUGUGAGCAGCUCCCGGGGUGGGGUUGUCUGCGGGGACCUCUGCAUGUCCGGCUCAAGGCCAGUGACUGGCGGCGCCUGCUGCGCCCCCUGUAGUGGCAACCUGGCGGUGAGCACAGGCAUGUGCGCACCCUGUGGCCAGCUCAACACAUCCUGCGGAGGGGGCUCCUGUGGCAUGGGUAGGUGUUAA